AUGUCUUUUUCUUUUGAGGGACUCAAACCAGAGGAAUUUCAGAUUCUCGAGCAGGAAAAAAUAAUUGGUGCUUCCAUUAACGGGAAGAGAAAAGUUUCUACCGGGCUGUUGAGUCCAGAAAACAGCGAUGGAAGCACUACAUCUUCAUUAAGUUCUGGAUCCACAGCUUCAAUCCGAGUCCUUCACAAAGCUGCAGCAAGCGUUGAAAGUUUCGAACUUCCGGAAAGCCUUGAGUGUCUAGCACUUGUCGAAUAUCUUGGAUACACGAGAACCAAAGCUGCGGAGAUUUUCACAAGAUGGUCUAAUCGUCCAGAUCCAGACUCUAAUCCAUAUUCGCUCAAGGAUCACGCCCUUGUCGAGCUUAGCAAUCUCGAGAGAGAGCAUCUCAGAGGUUUCCUUGAUCGACCGGCAGAGGCAAUGAGACGUCUUGGAAUUUCAGGAGAAAUGGUGAACUGUAUGACAGCUCCAGAACAUAAAGCUAUUUUCGGGACCGAGACACUUGCCGUUUGGUUGGACAUCGCCAUGCGCUCUAGAUAUGGAACCGCGAUGCGAUAUCUCGAUAUUUUGAAGGCUCAAGCCAUUCGAACCAUUCGCACUAACAAGGGCAAGAAGAGAGGAAAGAUUGACGGUGUUUUCCAACCUGGUGGUUCAAUUCCUAACACAGAUGUCGCUUUAGCUAUGAGUUCUGCUUCCAUGAGCUUGGAGUCCAAGUUUGCUGGCGAAAUGUUCCCGCGUGAGUGUGUAACAAUUGUUCAAACUCCCCCGCAGGAUCGCCCAGGAUUCGUCACUUUGUACAAAGGAAAGAGCACGGGGUUCGACUAUCAGAAGACAACGACGCUCGUUAAGGAAAAUGGAAAUCUCAACAUGCAAUUCCUAGCAUCGUACUCUGGGGGAGAUUUCAACGGGCAUGAUUUAGCAUGGUAUUGGACGCGGGAGAAGGAAACUGCGGAGCAGUACCGUCAAUGGGCAGCAAAUUACGAUGUCCACGGCGAGACAUGGAUCAUGCAGAUACAAGUUCCGGAAACAUUCUUGCAGAGCGUCAAUAUCGAGAGAUUGUGGUAUGGAUAUGACUGGAAGCAGUAUCUUUGGUACUGCAAGAAGAUGACUCGCAAUUCUGACAUGCCGGAGAACUUGCGCAAGUAUACCACCGCCGAUGUCAUCGAAGGACAUAUCUGUAAGCGCCAUCCUUCCAUUGUACCAAAGAUUUUGAAACAGGAUGUUCAGCAAAAACUCACGGAGGACGAUUGCUUGGUGUUUGGCAAUGGAAGAAAGCCGACACAGACGGUAUUCAUGAACUGGGAGGUAGUAGAUAGGCUUGAGCCUCUCAUUAGAGGAAACAUGUACAUAGAAGUUCAUCUCGCUUCGGCCAAACAAGCAUAG